AUGCGUAACUGCGACGCCAGCCUGGGCAGCCACGUGUCCAUCCCCGGCCUGUCCUACGGCCAGGCAGGGCCCUGGGCGCUGGGCGUCUGGGCGCGGUGGAACGUCACCAACGGCACCGCCUCCGCGUACGUGCUGAGCCAGAACAAGACCACCAACGUGGAGGCCUCGCUGGACCCCAACACCGUGGGCCUGUACCUGCCAGAGCUGGGCAACCCCAGCUAUGGACUGGUGCGCGCCGUCGUCCAGGACUCCACUGCCACGCACGGCAACACCAGCGUGCCCCUUUUCCUCGACUCCAACGGCUGCAUCGCCGACAUCCUUUGCACCAACCAGAAGAACUUCACCCUGAUCGAGGACACCCAGGACUGGCACCUGCUGGGCCUGACCACGCUGCCCGACGGGCGCCGCGGUUUCCAGCUGUACAUCGACGGCCAGCUGUCGGCCGAGCUGCCGCCCGGCCUGUACACGGACUACAAGGGGGGCAUGCACAAUGCCAGCGGCGGCGCGCCCAUGGACCUCACCGGCGACCUGGUCCUCUGCUCCCGCUCCGACCUGGACGCCGAGCGCUUCUUCACCGGCCAGCUCACCCAGCUCAUGGUCUGGAACCAGUCGCUGACGGCCGCGGACUGGGCCAGCCUGUACAGCGCCGGGGCCACGUACCUGGCCGCACCUCCCGCCAGCCCGGCGACCGCCAGCCCGGCGACGACCGUCGCCGCCGCGCCCGGCCCCCCUGCGGCUGUCUCCCCGCCCCUCACCGCGGCGGUGGCGGUGGUGCAGGGCCAACCCGUGUGCACGCCCAACGGCAGCGUGGCGGGGCUGAGCAGCCUGACCGCCUGCUACGCGGGCUACGUCUGCGCGCCGCUGCCGCGCGCCCAGCUGGAGCGCUUCCUCCCCGUCUACGCGCGGCUGCCGGAGGGCCGCAUCGGGGUCUGCGCCUACGCGCCCGACGGCUACCGCCUGCCCGACCCCGCCGCCGCGCCGCUGCCCGCCGUCUUCUACCCACUCAACUCCCAGACCCUGCAGAGCUUCCCCCUGCCCCUGUACGCCGGCGUCAACUCCGGCGCGGGGGUGGUCACCGACCCGGUGUUCGGUGCCGCGCUGCGCUGCGACGGGCAGCAGGCGGACCUGGUGGGGCUGGCCACGCCCAACUACACCACCAACGGCUCGCUGAGCGUGAACGUGUGGAUGCAGGUGACCAACCUGACCGGCGGCGAGUUCUCCUACAUCUUCUCCCAGAUGGGCGCGGUCAACAACCUGAGCAACUCGGGGUGGGGGCCCAACCAGAUCCAGAUCUACUUCCCGCAGCGCCAGCACCCGGCCUACGGCGUGGUGCGCGCCUACGCCCGCGACUCCAAUGACACCUACGACGGCCCGCAGGACCAGACCUGGCUCGACUCCGACGGCUACGUGUCCAACAACUCGGCGCGCGCGGCGCCCAGUGCAGCCCUGGACGGCGGCUGGCACAUGCUGACGGUCACCACUAUGCCCCCCGGGCGCAAGGGCUUCCGCCUCUACCUCGACGGCCUGCUGGUGAACGAGAUUCGGGCGGGGCAGACCGCGGUGUCCAGCCUGGGCGACGUCGUGGGCGCCACCGCCGGCCUGCCCAUGGACCUCUACCCCAACGCGGUCCUGUGCACGCGCGCCGACGACCCCACCUCCCGCCAGUUCGACGGGCGGCUGGCCAACCUGGGAAUGUACGACGUCGCGCUGACCGAGGACCAGUCCACCAUCAUCUCCCUCCCCGGCGCGGGGACCAAUGCCACCUCCAGCCAGUCCCAGACCACGGUCAAGGGCAACGUCUGCGUCUUCCCCGCCCUGUACCAGGGCAACGUGGUGACCGAGUGCGUGCAGAUCGCGGGCGUGGCCUACUGCCAGACAUCCUCUGGCGUGUGGGACACCUGCGCGCCGCUGUCCCCCUCUACCUCACCCUCCCCUGCCUCAGCGUCCAACACCACCGCCGCCCUCAAACCCCGCGCCGUCCUUUCUGCCAGCGGGCAGGCGUGCCAGCUCCCCCUGAACUACCGCGGCAUUGCCAUCGACAACUGCGUGUCCAUGGGAGGAGGAUCAUGGUGCUGGACCGAGGGGGUCCAGGGCUGGGCUUCCUGCGCCAACACCACCUUCGUCCCGCCCUCUGGGGCAGUCGGGUCGGUGAAUGCCUCCGUCGUGCCCGUCCCCAUCAUCCCCAUCCAGAACCGGUGGAGCACGGACGGCGACAUGUGCAUCCUGCCCACCGUCCAGGACGGAGACCUGCUGGACGACUGCGUGCAGCGCAACGGCACCUGGUCGUGCCUGACCAACAGCGGCGCCUGGAAGGCGUGUGCGCUUUCCGGCGAUGACCAGCCCAUGGAGGAGCAGGGCCUGCUGCACGUCGCCAGCCGCAACACCGUGGGCGGCGACGCCUGCCUCCUCCCCGCCGUCCUCAAGUCAGUGUGGCAGCUGGCGCUUGACUCGGGGGGGGGGGAUUUUGUCCGGCAUCCCGACUUGCAGGGCCUGCACAUGUGUUGA